ACGUAUUGAGACAAAAAUCAUGUUUUAAAAAUGGUUCAUGGGGCCUUUUUGCCGUCCGAAUACUAUUUUCUACUUCAUUUCUUCACAAAGCAACAAGCUUCUUCUUCUUCCACUCACACUUCGUCACUAUAAGACUACUCAAGCUUGCUCACUUCCUCUGAACCGCUACACUAGGGAUGAGACUAGAACUGUAUUUGAUGCUAGGGUCUCCUUCGCACACCCUCUUAAAUUCUAUAAUUUGAACCAGAAUCUAAUUCGAUGUUGCGGAAAGCGAUCAUUUAUGUCUGUACCUCCUCGUGCCUCUACAGAAGUAGUUGAUGAUCUAAUUCUUGAGAAGCAGGAAGCAGGGGAGGAGAAAGACAGGAUCUUGAGAGUUGGACUCAUCUGCGGUGGUCCUUCUGCAGAGCGUGGGAUUUCUCUCAAUUCUGCUAGAUCAGUUCUUGAUCACAUACAGGGAGAUGAUUUGCACGUGAGUUGCUAUUAUAUAGAUUGCAAUCUCAAGGCACAUGCUAUAUCGUCUGCUCAGGUAUAUUCGAACACCCCAUCGGACUUUGAUUUCAAACUUGAAAGCCUUGCCCAAAGUUUCGAGAGUUUAUCUGACUUUGCCAAGCAUCUAGCGAAAGCUGUGGACAUAGUUUUUCCAGUUAUACACGGUCAAUUUGGUGAGGAUGGUGCCAUUCAGGAACUACUGGAACAGUAUAAUGUUCCGUUUGUUGGAACCGGAUCAAAUGAAUGUCGUCAAGCAUUUGACAAGUAUGAAGCAUCUUUACUGCUCCGCAAGCAUGGAUUUAUAACAAUACCCAGUUUCUUAGUUCAGGGAUUUGAAACAAACAAGCUGGAACUAUAUGAUUGGUUUGAAAGAAACCAGUUGGACCCCAACCAAGGGAAAGUUGUGGUAAAACCAACUAUAGGAGGAUCAAGCAUUGGCGUUACAGUUGCUUAUGGUGUGGCUGAUUCUAUUGUCAAAGCCAAUGAAAUCAUGUCAGAGGGCAUUGACGAUAAAGUCCUCAUUGAAACAUUUCUUGAAGGGGGGAGUGAAUUUACAGCCAUUGUCCUUGAUGUUGGAUCUGGUUCAGAUUGCCAUCCUGUUGUACUACUUCCAACUGAGAUAGAACUUCAAUUCCGUGGUGCGGCUGAUAUGAAAGAGAAGGAUGCAAUAUUUAAUUAUCGAAGGAAGUAUCUCCCAACCCAACAGGUUGCUUAUCACACUCCUCCUCGAUUUUCUUUGGAAGUUAUUGAAAAUAUUCGUAAAGGGGCAUCUGCAUUAUUCCAAAAGCUUUGCCUUCAAGAUUUCGCACGUAUUGAUGGAUGGUUUUUGCCUAAUUCAUGUUGUGAAUCAUUGUCUUCAGAAAGUGGGUUUGGAAGGACCGAACCUGGUACCAUAGUAUUUACAGACAUUAAUCUGAUAAGCGGUAUGGAACAAACCAGUUUUCUAUUUCAGCAAGCUUCUAAGGUUGGUUUUUCUCAUACAAAUAUCCUUAGGAGCAUUAUUCACCAUGCUUGCUUGCGGUUUCCAAGUAUUGCAUCAGUCAGUAGCAUAACAGGUCAUGUGCCAAAUGGGUCUGAAUCCUCAAAACUUAAUAAAUCAUUACUUCAUCGUGAAGCUUCUCAGAAAGCUUUUGUUAUUUUUGGAGGAGAUACAUCAGAACGGCAAGUAUCUCUUAUGAGCGGCACAAAUGUAUGGCUCAAUUUGCAAGCUUUUAAUGAUCUUGAGGUAAUUCCAUGUCUACUUUCUCCGACAAGUGAAUAUGAAUCAGGAGCAGAUAUCGGAAAGAAGGUCGAUGAUGUAAAGAACAGAACAGUUUGGUCUUUACCUUAUUCUCUUGUGCUUCGACAUACUACUGAGGAGGUCCUAGCUGCAUGCAUAGAAGCUAAUGAACCAGACAGAGUUGAACUUACAUCUUACUUAAGGAAGACAGUAAUAAAUGAUCUUAUGGAAGGUUUGAAGGAUCAUAGUUGGUUUACAGGCUUUGAUAUUGAUGACGAAUUGCCCACUAAAUUUUCACUGGGGCAGUGGAUCAAGCAAGCGAAGGAAGUCCAAGCAACAGUUUUCAUUGCAGUGCAUGGAGGCAUUGGUGAAGAUGGUACACUUCAAUCUUUGUUGGAUGCCGAAGGUGUUCCUUAUACAGGCCCUGGUGCAAUGGCCUCGAAGAUUUGCAUGGACAAAGUUGCAACUUCUCUUGCUUUAAAACAUCUUGGAAAUUUAGGAGUUCUUACCAUAAAUAAGGAAGUGCGGGGAACAUCUGAACUUCUUAAUAAGCCUAAAGAUGAUAUAUGGUGUGAGCUGACCUCAAAGCUGCAGUGUGAAACUCUGUGUGUCAAGCCAGCAAAAGAUGGUUGCUCAACUGGGGUUGCCAGAUUAUGUUGUUCCAAGGAUCUUUCGAUAUAUCUAAAAGCAGUAGAGGACUGUCUUCUAAGGAUUCCUGCUAAUAGCUUAUCAAAGGCACAUGGCAUGAUUGAGAUGCCAAAUCCUCCUCCAGAGGUUUUGAUCUUUGAACCUUUCAUAGAGACUGAUGAAAUAGUUGUCACAUCCAAAGAUAAGAAUGGGACUGGGCGCAACCUCAUGUGGAAAGGGGACAGUAGAUGGGUGGAAGUAACUGUUGGUGUUAUAGGCAAACGUGGCUCUAUGCACUCUCUUAGUCCUAGUGUCACUGUUAAGGAAACUGGUGACAUUUUGUCACUAGAGGAAAAAUUCCAAGGUGGGACAGGCAUCAAUCUGACUCCACCUCCCUUGUCAAUCAUGAGUGAAGCGGCUUUGAGAACCUGCAAGCAGAAUAUUGAACUCAUUGCAAACACCCUACAAUUAGAAGGAUUUUCGCGCAUUGAUGCAUUUGUCAAUGUUGACAGUGGAGAGGUUUUAAUCAUAGAGGUGAAUACUGUGCCUGGAAUGACACCUUCCACUGUUCUGAUUCAUCAGGCUCUAGCAGAGAACCCACCUAUGUAUCCUCACCAGUUCUUCCGCAAGCUACUUGAUUUGGCAUCUGAAAGGUCCUCCACAUGAGAAUUUCUGCACAGUUCUUGUCAAAAUGCUUGGUAACUGUUACUGUGUGUAUUGUGUGGUACAGAUAAUUAUUCUAGCCUUCAACAAUGGUGGUUUAGUGAAUGUUGAUGUUAUUUUGUAAAAAUUAUAAAAUCCAUGACGGUGGUUUGAUUCAUGGGCUAUAACUGCCUAACUGGCGCCGUCUUGAACUGGAA